AUGUGUCGCGUCGUACUGCUCGACCAGACCCAGUACGUCAACCAUCAAUUGGGAGCGGGGCUCCCAAGAAUCCCAGGACGGGGGAUAGCCGCGCCACCGGACGAGGGUAACUCGUCCGACGUCCGUUCACGUCGCGGUGGUUCAACAGCUGCUCUACUAGAUAGCGCUGGCCACCGCGAGAGUCCUCUAAUGGAGGUGGAGGAGGAGGAAAGACGCUCUCCACACGAUCAUGUGGAUCGGUGUGUUCCCGAGAGCUUCUUUGAUCGCGUAACGCAAGGGGUUACGCGACGAUCUCGAGCAUGA